AUGGCACCCGUGAAACCGCCAAAGAAAGCGCUUAAGUCGAUGGAGAAGCCGCUGGAGAAACCUAUAUCGAAGAGCAAGAAGAUGAAGAAGAGAAAUUACCACAGCUUCUCCAUUUACCUGUAUAAGCUGCUGCGGAGCGUAACAAAAGACAACCUGGGCAUAUCGAGAAAGUCGAUGCUGAUAAUGAACAAUUUUGUGAACGACAUGUUGGAGAAGAUAGCCGAAGAGGCGGCCAGGCUAGUGUCGCACUCGAAGAAGACCACAUUGAGCAGCAGGGAGAUACAGUCGGCAAUAAAACUGCUUAUCCCCGGGGAAUUGGCAAAGCAUGCGAACUUGGAGGGGGUGAAAGCGGUCUCAAUGUACAUGAACAGCAGAUCUCAAGAUACAACAAAC